AUGUAUAACCUCGGUGCCGCUGUAAAAAUGCGGCAAUCGAGUGAAGGAUUAUCGCGUAAAUCAUCGCAUCAUGCGAUCAUAGUCAGUGCAUUAGGUUUAUUCUUUGUGCUUCUAAUCAGUAAUUUUAAUCAAUGUUUAGCAUACAAUAAUGUUCAUAAUAAAAAUUCAUCGCAUCAUCACCAUCAUUAUCAUCGUGAGAAGGCAUUCGAUGGUACAGCAAAUAAUGUAUUAUCAUUAGUAUUGCCACAUGACACAUAUCCUGGUUAUAGUAUUAAGAAAUUUACGGCAAAUUUUACAUCGCCUGACUCCCCAUACUCAUCUCUCACGUCAUAUGCAUCAAAGCCGAUUAAUUAUAGGCUUUUAGAGACGGGAUUCUCAAAAUUCUUUACCGUCUUAGAAGAUGGCAUGGUGAUGACAACUGCUGACCUAACACCUCUAGUCAAUCGUCCCGUACAUCUUGUAGUGUUAGAGGAGACGCCAUUAUCGACAACGACACACCAUUUACAGUUACAUGUUAUGGAUCGUAAGGAUAUGUUACGUUUUCCAGGUUCAUUACUAGAAGCUGUUGGUGAUGUCCGAGAGAAUUUAAAGCGUGGCACAAAGAUCAAGAAUGUCCCGUUACUUCAAGCCAAUUCAGUAAAGCCUUCAAAGGAAAUUAUCUAUAAAAUUGUCAGCGGUAAUGAGAAUCGAGCAUUUGCUUUACAAAACAGCAAGACAAAUGAGAUAAAUGAUGAGAUUAAAAUUAAGGAUACAAAGAGUGCUGGCGUCUGGCUUGUAACAGCAAAGCCAUUGGACCGUGAAACGAAGAGCGAUUAUAAUUUGGUAAUUGAAGGCAGUGAUGAUGAAAACAUUAAUAAAGUUGAUGCUAAAGUCACCAUACACAUACUUGAUGACAACGAUAAUCGGCCUGAAUUUGUUGAAUCACAUUAUCGAUUUGUUGUUGCUGGCAAGAAAUCCAUUGAUGCUGAUGGUAAUGCGACAGUCACGUAUGAGAGAUUUACGAAAAUUGGAAAAGUUCAGGCAAAAGACGCUGAUGGUGAUAAAGUUGCAUAUAAAUUGACAGCACCCAGCAACUAUGUCAUUAUUGUACCGCAAACGGGUGAAUUGAUGCUCGCUGGUGAACCUGAUAAGCAUGAACUGUUAUUGGAAGUUGAAGCACAUGAUUUACGUACGCCAAGUUUAACGAGCGCUCAUCCAGCAAAAGUCUUAAUUGAAUUUGCGCCACCUGACGCGGCUGCCAUAAAUAUACAGCAUGUACAAGCACAUGAUAAGCAGCACGGUCAUCAUCGUGAGAAACGUCGUGUAACGCGCGCUGUACGACCUACGAAACGUAUUGAAUUUGCUGAAUCGGACGGUGAUACAGAAGGUCGAAGUGUUUUUCAAUUAGAAAAGGAAACAGAACGCGAAACUUUUAAAAUAAGGGACGAAAAUCCUUGGGUUACGGUUGAAACAAAUGGCGCUGUACGUGUUAAAAAGAAGUGGGACUAUGAGGAGCUUGGACCUGAAAAGACUAUUGAUUUUUGGGUGAUAAUCACGAAUCAAGGACAUAACGGUGAGUCAAGUUUUUAUUUUGUAUUUUUUAUGGGGAAAUGGAUUCUUGAAUUGAAGGUUGACGUGAAUUUUACAUGA